CGUCUGUCUCCGCAUUACUAGUCCCUAGGCCGAGUGACCUUGUCGAAAGUCAUGCCUCGCAGAGUAAACCCUCGAGACCUAGCCAGAAUGCAUGAAGAACGCACGGCACGAUGGAAGAACCUCGUCACCUCCGAUCCUCGUCGCGCUGUCCGCGCUCUCGCAGUCAUUGGGCUGAAUAGUGAGAGCAUCGAUGGGGACACAUUGUGGGACACGCAGUAUGUUUUGCAGCAGCUUUCGCCCCUUGCCGCGGAUCCCAAGAGCGAGGUGUGGAAACGGCUGGUGAAUGCGGGGUUGUUCGACGCGCUGUGCUUUUGUGUAUUGAACGCCCAGGCAGCAGCCAUCGUAGAGGAUGAGACGAGGGUGAACCAAGCACAGGUGGACGCCGAGGGCAAAAAGCUUCCUUCUCCUUGGGCGUUGUCCCUGCAGAUCAUCUGCACUGCAACCGUCAGCUGUGGUAACACUGCUACGGCUACAGAGACGAAGAUGAUCGAGGACCUCAGGAAGAAUUGGGGCCAGAUGAUGCAACGCAUAUGGUCGCAACCAUUCAACAGCCUUGAUCCUGAUGUGAAAGGUGUCGUCGAACGCAUCUUGGUUGCGCAGACGGCUAUGCGACUCACGGUGCUCGACCCAUCGUUCCUCGGGGAACUCUCGAAACCUUCAGACCUCACCUUCGCAGUCUGCUUCCGUAACUGGAUGCACUCGAUCGCCCGCGAGGAUGCCCUCAUCAAUGCGGGCUUCCUCCUGGCCCUUCUCGACCACCGCCACAUACCCCAAUACUGGAAGUCAUAUACCGACGUGAACCCUCUCCCGCCGAUGAAAGUACUCCUCCCGCGCAUCCUCCUUGGGGCGAGCAAAACUCCCGGGCCGGCGCAACGGAAGCGCACUCCCCAGCAAGCAGCAGAAGCAAUCGUCGCCGCGACCGUAACGCACCUGACGUAUCCCAACGCGGGUUUGCAGGAGUACGAGCUGGAGCUUGCGUUUUUGCGGUCGCUUUUCGUCCACGCGACGACAGAAUACCCAGCAUUGCCACGCGCCAUGUUCAAGUCUCCGGACCUGUGGGCGGCCACAGCGCUAGUGCUGCGUCGGGCGGCCGAAGCAGGAACACAGGACGCGGAAGGGACUUACUUGGACGCCCUGGAGACGUUCUCUCGCUGCACCUUCGCUGUGAACAAGGAGGGAAACGAGUUUGCUGACGCGAUGAUCGCCGGUUGGCUCGAGGGUGGCUUGUUCGAAGCUUUCGAGGACACUGUCGACUUCUUCGUGAAGAUCAGGGGUGCGACAAGCGUGUUCGUCGUCAUCAUGUCGGCCAUCUUGCAAUGCUCUCCCAAGCUCAGCGCGAAGACCCAAGCGCUCCUUCGCACGCACCUCCCACGGCAGAGGCUCUCUGAGCGGUUGGCGGAGGAGUUUGGGCACGAUGGGAAAGACCAGACGAAGUACCAGGCAGACUAUGCAGCGUUCACAGCCAGCAUGCAAAGCGGGACCUUGCCCGACGUCGACAAUCCUAUGUGGGGGCAAGCUGCUUGGGAGACACUCGACUCAGUAACAGAGCUCUUUCAAGCUACGGAAUUGUCGCCGUGCUCGCGGAGUGGGUGCGAGAAGCAAGUCGCUAGCGGGAACGAAGUGAAGUGCGUUAACUGUAACGUGCAAUAUUGCUCGAAACAGUGUUUCAAGCGAGAUUUCCAGGAACACAAGGGUGCAUGUUCCGACCCGAAGCGACGACCGCCUACCGCGCGGGAAAUCCUCCUGAGGAAUCACGCCGCUCGAGAUGGCUACUUCAGGAGGAGGUUCAUCGCCCAGAGCUUGAUCUUCGUCGUCAUUGCUAUCGUUUUGUACUACCUGUUGCACGGUAUCUAUGGGCUUAUGGGUUCGUCGUAAAGGUUCCCUACUUAUUUAAAUCAUGGGUCAUCCACACUAUCUCAUUACUUGCGCUCCAGACUGCCUGUAGCGUCAGGUCAAUAUGCUUAGCGCCGCGUUCUGAACAGUAUCCGUCAUGCCGCGAAAGGCGAUCUGCC